UGUUUUCCAUUUUGCCAAAAUAAAUCUCCCCUGACAAGAUUUAGGACCACUAGCAUUCUUCUCUGGCUCAAAAAGAUAGUUCCAAGAAAAAAAGUUUGCUUUUUUUUCUGUCUCUCUUACACUGUCUUCCCACUGGUAAUAGAGAUCCUUUUUUCCCCUAAUACAGCUGCUUUUGACAAAGGAGAUGAACGAAGACUUGGCAAAAAACCUGUAUUCACUAGUUCUCAGCUAAACAGAUGCAUUACCAAUUCUAUUGAUAUAAGGCACACUUCCUGGAAAGUAAAAGGCAAAGGAGAUUAUUGGGGCAAUUCCUUCACUAACCAGGAUAAAAUGAAAUCUGAUGGAUUAGGAGCAUCUGGACAUACAUCAAGUACCAACAGAAACACCACUAAUAAGACUUCAAAAUAUGAUGAAUUGAAGGGAAAAGAUAGUAAGAAAACAGUUUCCAAGAUUACAAAGGAUUCAAAAACUGGGGAAAAAGUUCCUUCACCAAAGGCUAGAGCUGUCAUAAAGCCAAAAAUAGAAAGUAAUGGAAAUGCUAAGGCUGAAAGUGUGAUUACCAAACAAGAUUCAGAAAGAUCAUCAUCUGCAAGUGGGCAAAAAAAUUCAGGAAGUGGUAAAGGAGUGAAAAAUCAGGAAGGAAAAAGUUCAGGUGCCAGACCUAAAGUACUAACUGGAAGUGCAAGUAUUCAAAUCAAAACAAAGCCAUUGAAAAAAACCACAGGGAAGGAAUCACCCACUCUGGUAACAGGGAUGGGAACUUUCAACAAGUCAGCAAACUCAAGUACAGAUUUACAGAAUUCCAGUGAACAACUGGAUGAACCCAAAGAGGAUAAACCAGUAGAUGAAGGAAAAAACCAUACUGCAGUGAAAACAAAGUCUGCUUUGAAGAUAACCAAUGGAACCACCAACAAAAAAGCUAAUGAACUUGAGACUGUUACAACAAAUAGUGUGACAAAGAAACCCUCUGGAAAAGGAUACAAUGAACAAAGUCCUCAAGCUGUUUUAAAGAAAAAAGGAAAUGUUAGUGGCAAUUCUAUAGCUCAGCAGAAGACAAAGAAUGCACCAGCUCAUGUUGCUAAAAACCAAGAUGCAAAAGGAGAUUCACAAAAUUCAUUAAAAUCUGGAAUGUCUCUGAAACAAAUUGAAGAAAAAAACAUGACAAAAACUUUGACUCAGACAAUACUUUCAGAAAAAAAACCUUCAUCAAAUAAAAAGAGCAUUAAACCAUCACAAACAUCAGCAGUUAAAGCCACUGCAAAAAUAAUAGUACCCAAAAAUCAGAUCCAUUCAAAGAAAAGUGAGACUAUAAGCAGUAAAGACCCAAAACAGAAAAUAGUUGCUGGGCAGCCUACAUUAAAAACACAGUCUUCAACACAAAGACAUUCAAUAAGUGAAUCUCCUGUUGUCCAAAAGAAUGUGCAUAGUCCUGAACACAAAAGUUCAGGACAGAAAUUUGAACAACAUGCUGCUGCUUUUGCAAUUCAGUCACAUGACGACAACAAAUGUAGUUCUGCAAGACAAAGUAAGUGUAAACAAUCUAUGAUAGAAUGUAAUAGAGAAGACCAACUCAUGGCAUCAUGGCAACCUGAUCCAAGAAAAUUAUUGGAUCCUCUUGAAAAUGGGGAAUACAAAGUAGAAAACAAACCUGUUCCUAAGCUGAAUACUCCAAUGCAAAAUAAAAUGGAACCAAAACCAGCUUGUGGAGAUGAAAUUGAAAUUAAGUAUCCAGUAGAGAAAAACAAAGAUGAUGGUAACACAACUGAAUUUCAUUGCUGUGCAGAGCUUAAUAGUAAUUCAUACUCAAUCAUUUGUGAGAAUACAGACCAAAGCCCCCCUACUUCAGCUACAGAAGAAAGAUCAAAAAAGUGCAAAAUUGUCUGUGAUUCAGCUAAAAAAUAUUUGGACUAUUCAGGAAACAGCAAAGUACAUUUAAUACAAGCAGUAGAAGACUAUGCAGAACAAAAUGAUACCUGGAGCACUGAAAUGGGCAUUAAUUACAGAGAAGAUCACUUACCCAGCUUUUCUAAGGUAACAAAUGCCUCUAAUUCAGAACAAGAUGAAAGAAAAUCCUCUAAGACUCAUGUAAAGGGAUGUGCAAGUGCUGAUCAAUCGCCUGAUAAAUCAGUCUUGACCGAAUACAGGUCUGCUACAAUAGACUCAGAUUCUACUUCAAAAUAUUUCACGGGACAAGUUAAAGAAAAAUGUUCACCUAAAGAUACGGAUACUACAGAAACACCAGAAAGCCAUGAAAAUUUAGAAAUUCCUUUUGUCGAUCAUUGGAAUUUGAAUACAGGUGAAUUGGAUCCAAAAGAGAGUCCUGAAUCAGAUACUGGCAGUGCAACAACAUCUUCUGAUGAUAUUAAACCAAGAUCAGAAGACUAUGACGCGGGAGGCUCUCAGGAUGAUGAAGGCUCAAAUGAGAGAGGGAUUUCUAAAUGUAGCACUAUGUUGUGCCAUGAUUUUCUUGGCAGAAGCAGCAGUGACACAAGUACACCUGAAGAAUUAAAAAUCUAUGACAGUAGUUUAAGAAUAGAAGUGAAAAUGAAAAAAGAGGGUUCCGAUCUUUUCCGUGUUAAUUCAACAAGCGAUGAUGAGAUACCAAGAAAAAGACCUGAAGUGUGGUCACAUCAAAGUGUAUUAAGGGGCAAUGCUAGGGAAAGUCAAAACACUACUUUUGGAAAUCCACAAUUUACUCAGGAAGCUGACCAAGUUUCCUCUUCUGCAGAUGAAACAGAAGAUGAAAGAUCUGAAGCAGAAAAUGUAGCAGAAAGCUUUCCUCCAUCAGACCCUCCUACUCAGCCAUUCCAAGGAAUUGUUAAUUUAGCUUUUGAAGAUGCAACAGAGAAUGAUAUUGAAAGUCAAGAGUUUUCUAAAACUAAAAAUUUUAAGAGAUCUGUUUUACUUUCAGUAGAUGAAUGUGAAGAGUUGGGAUCUGAUGAUGGAGAGGCUCAUGGGCCCCAUCAGCUUUCCACAGAUUUCCCUAUUCCUUCUGAUGUUUUUGAUAAUGUAUCUCAUGGAAAGACUUAUUAUUCAAAGUGUUUACUGGAAACUGAAGAUGGAUUCCUGGAGUUCAAACAUCAAGAAAAGGACAGAAGUGAGUGCUUUUUUGUAGCUCCUUUUGGCACAGAAAUCAAAGAAAAAGAUAAUCAGGGUACUUCAAUGACAGAAAAAAAUUGCCCAGAGAAAGUACUCUCAUUACCAGAUACUCAGUGUUUAAUAGAAGAGAAAAAGGUAAAUAGUAAGAAUGAAGAAAUCAGUGAACUUCAGCAGUGCAAUAAACUUUCAGACAAUGACAUGAAGUCUCAAGAAAGACCAUGUCAUUUGGACCUUCAUCAAAGAGAUACUAAUUGUGACAUGCAAAAGAACAGCUCUGCAAAACCUGUCAAACCCUGUAAGAAUCAGUUACUGACUCAAGAAAAUCAAGUGAAAGAGAAUCAGCGAACACCUACUGAGUACACUAAUACUGAUUUACCUGCAGGAGACAUAGAUGAUUGUGACACAUUGGCACAAACCUGCAUGUAUGAGCAUCGACCUUCAAAAACCCUUUCUCCAAUAUAUGAGAUGGAUGUUGGAGAAGCUAUUGAGCAGAGGAUGGAAUCAGAAAGGGACAUUCUAGAUAUGGAUUUUGAAGAUCAGCAAUUUGCAGAACAGGACUGGACUCUUCUCAGGCAAUUGUUAGCUGAGCAGGACUUAAACAUAGAUUUCAAAAACUCUGUUCCUGAAGACCUUAACUUAGCACAAUAUCUUAUCAACCAGACACUAUUUCUGGCACGAGAUGGUUCAGAGCCUCAGGUUAAAUCACACAUUGAUACUUUCAGUAGAUGGACUGAACUAAUGUCGCCACUUGAUGAUUCUUCAGCAAGCAUCACAGUGACAAGCUUUUCCUCUGAUGAUUGUUCUUCUCCUCAGGGGGAAUGGACAAUUCUUGAACUGGAAACCCAUCAUUAAAGUGAUCAAGUGUUUGAAAAUGGACUCCAAACCCUGCCCCAUCUAUUUUUGAUGCAUUCUUUCUAUAUAAUAAUGAAAUACUGCAUCUGUUAAGAACAGCCAAUUCUUGAUACUGACGCAAUCUUUUCAAUAUAUUGAGGUAAAUACUGUUAAUUUAUAACUUAGUUUAGCCACAAUUAGAAUAAUUUUUCAAAGCUGAAAUAGGUGUUUUUCUAAAAUCCACUUUGAGCAUGUAUUUUCUAGCAUUGUUAGAAAAAUUAGAAAACUUUAAAGAAAAAUCUUUGUUUAAACUGCAUCUUCUAACCCAAUUUUUGUCAUCUGUUAAUAUAUUCUUUAUUUGGCAUGGAUUUUAACAUGUGACUGCACAAGAAGUAGUACCAUUCUUUUCCUUUUUUGCUCUUCAUACAGUGACUUGGCAAUUUUUCAACAAUAAAAGAUUGGGUGGUUGUGUUGAAAGGUAUUGUGUUCCAACAGUAAUUUUAAUAUUAGAAAUGUAUACCUGCAUUUACAGAAUGUAAAAAAAAAAAAUUAGAUUCUGUAAAUAUAAGCCUCUUGUUUAAUUUAUUCCCUCUACAUUUAAUAAGUAUAUAUUUGUUUGUUUUGAAAAAUGUCAAUAAUUAUUUUUAAGUUGUCAUUUAUUUAAAUACGGGACUGCAGAGAUGCUAUUGGAAGGAUAGUUUUCUUCUCUUGGGAGCACAAAUACAUCCCCUUACUUUAGUAAAUAAUGGUCUGGUGUCUGAAUCAGAAUGCUAAGCUUGUUGUAAAAUACUGUAUUAAACAGCUCAAACAGUAGAUUCAGUCUGAAGUUUUAGAAGUGGCACUCUUGCCUUCUACACUUUGAAAGUGAACUGAAUUUAAAGUUGUACUUAACUCAAGACAUGUUUGUGCCUCUUCCCUACUGUCUAGUCAUGUCUAGUUUAUCAAGAUUUUAAAAUCCCAUUGUGUGUCUUGUAUCUUUGUGAGAGCAUUAGGAGUCUUGCUGUCUCUUUUAAAUCUCCUGAAUCCUUUAAAAAAUUUCCAUAUGGAGGCCCAGUGUCUUCUCCUCUUUAUUAAGGGAGAACUGGGAAGGAAGUGCUUCUCAACAUGUCUGCUCUGCUCCUUCUGCUGCUAAAAAGAUGGCAGUUAAAUGACAUAAGCAGGGUUUUUGUUUUUUUGUGUUUUUUGGGGGAGGGGCAAGAGAUUAAUAAGGGGGAAUAGUUUCCAGGUGAGGAGUAUUAGACGAUAUUCUUCAUGCCAUACUGAGGCAAAACACAGCAAUAAGAAUGGUCUUUUGUAAACAAUACAAUAUUGAUUCUGCAGAUGCCCUCCUGUUGGUCAUUAACAGGAGACGUGCCUUCAAAUGGGAGUGCUACACUGCAGUAACAAAUUACUAAAAUGGUGACUUUUAAGCCUAACUUGCACUGGUUAUAGCCAAGUAUAAUACAAACAUGUUCUGAACGCUUUUGCACAAUUCUGCCAAUGCACCUUAAUCCUGGUCUGCAGGUAUUCCUGUUGUCUUAAUUCUAUGCUGUUUUAAAUUGUAGAUAACACAAGAUCUGUAGAGAUGUGGCUGAGCAGUGACUGCUGAAUUUCACUUUUGACCUAAUCAGCUUUUGAUCUCAGAUCUCCUGACUUGGAAAGGCUGCUACAUUGAUUUUAGUGUCUGUCAAUACAAUCAGCAUUUUACUGAAGGAGAAUUAUAAAUUGAUAGAGGAAGAAUUUUACCUCAUUUUUAGAGUGUUUAAAAGGGAAGACAUUAAUCUCCCCUUCACAUCUGUGCCCAUGAUUCUUAGAAGGGAGUUCAGCCUUGGCUGCAUGUGCAUCCCCAGCUUUCUUAUCGAGGAUCCUCCCCAAGAGUUUCUAUGAGGAGGCUGUGAUAUCCUAUCCUCAGGUCACAAAGGAAUCAGCAUAAAUACAGCCCGAGUAUGUGCAAGCUCAGGAUUUUAUAUAUUGUAGGCUAUCUUUGCACAUCUGGUGUGUGGAGGGUGGGAGAGUUGCUGCAAUUAGGAGAUCUCCCAAAAGCAGAGCAUCUGAAAGAUCAGGAAAGAGAUCCCAUUUACCUCCUCCAGUUCUAAGAGGAGCACAGACAUUGGAGAAUCUGUGAAUUAAGGGGAAACCACUACUGUCUUCUACUGAAGGGUGAACCCCAUAACUCUAGGAGGUUUCAAAAAACUCAAAAUAGAGAUGAAACUCAGGUUUCUUGUUCCCAGCAUGGUUAUUCCUGUGUAGGAGACAAUAAGGACCAUGGGAAGGUAUAAAAUAAAAACAAUACUUUUUAAAUUUAUGAAGGCUCAAGAGGGUAUUAAUUUUUAUACAAAAUGAAAUGGGAGAAGAAAAGGUAAGAGAUCAGGAGAGUAGACCGAAUGAAAGAGAAGGAUUGUUCUACAUUCUUUCCCCCUUUUUUAUAUUUUGUGUUCUUUAAGUGCAACUCAAAUCUGAAAAGUGACUGAAAAAUUGUGAGUUUCCUUGUGUGUGUGUCAGACUCCCAGAUCAAAUAUGAUUAAAUUAGCAUUAAAAUUUUGUGGGUUUUCCCCUUAAUACCCAGCUCUUAUUUCUCAGGCUAGGAUUUAAAAGUCAAGUUGUAUUAUUUUCUCAGGUCCUCAGUGAUAUAGGUGCAACUUCUUCAUUGGAUUAGAGCAAAUAUAACAGAGUGAAAUUUAGUACAAAAAAAUUGUCAUUCACAAGAGAAUAGAAUCCAGCUCUCAGCCAUUUUAGCUCUGCAAUAGCAGUAAAAAGUAAAAGUAGUGUUCAUUAUUUGUACUACCAUCGUGCCUAGGAGCUCCUAUCAAGGACUGGGACCCCUUUGUCCUAGGUGCUAUACAAACACAGAACAAAAAGAUGGUCUGUGUCUCCAAAGAACUUACAAUAUAAGACAAAAGACAACAGAUAGAGAAAUUCAAGAAAACAAUGAGACCAGAUAAGAAACUUCUGUCUCUGAGAUGGGGAGAAAGAAAAUUGUAGGAGGAGAAAAGGAAGGCAAACUAAGGGGACAGGGAAGGUCAUGUAUUUCAUCAACUUUUUCUUAGAAUACCUUACUGUAGCAUCUGACAUAAUUACAAUAAAGUCAGCAGAUAUGUCUAUGAUACUCACUGGAAAUAGAUCUGAGUAAGAUGGUCCUCCUUUUUAAGUGCUUUGGAGGCAAGUUGUAAAAGAAAACAAUACUGAUGCUGACUGAGAAAUAUGUCCAGUUUGCAAGAUGAUAGUUCUGGGCUGCAUGUGACUUGGCUGUACAUCUUGAAUAAAUGUGGACUGUAUUUUUAUUUUUGAACUCUGCUUCAAAGUUCCAUUAAAUUUUUAAAAUUCCAUAAUUCUGUUUUCCACUGACUUUGGGAUCUGGCCCAGUUAAACUUGUUAUGUAAUAACUUUUUCCAGAAAAUGCAAACAGUAAAUUAAAAGCCUCCUCUAGCUAUACAUACUGCUGGUAGCAUAGACUAUUGUAAACCUUUGACAUAAUGUUGUUGUUAUUCAUUACCAACGUGCUUACUGAAUUUUGUUCUAAAAACAUGUAAAGCUUCUGUUUGAAGGUGUUAGGACUUAUUACUAUGUCUUUCAGCAUUGCUUGCCAUAGAAUAUAAACAAUUAAGAAGACACAGUCUUGCUCCCAUUAAAGUAAAAGGUAAAACUCCCAUUGAUCCCAAUUGGAGCAGAUUCAAGACCUAUAUGACUGAAAUGCAUGUAAUAUAAAUGCUAUUUUUUCCAGUAUAUGUACUGUACAGUUCUAUAUCUCUAGUCUGCUUACUUCCAAUAUUUUACACAUAGGGAUGAAUUAUGGUUAAGAAAAUUUCAGCUUAACUAAGUAUGAUUGUGUAUAUGUUCAUGAUUGGAUGAUUAACCAUUGUACCUGGGUAUAUCACUCUUUUUCCAGCACUAAGCUGAAAUGAAGUGGGGGGGGGGAGGGAGAGGUGGGAGAGAGGAAUUCAGGGCAAGCAGCUCUGUAACAGUGCUGGUGGUAACGCAGAACAAGAGGUGGGAAAUGGGUUUUUUAAAUGACUUCCAUUAUGACUAGAAGCUUUUUAUCACUUGCAGAAAUUUUGUGACUGUUUUCAUGAAUCUCUGUUGUUGAUGACAAGCUGUGCCAAAGGAUUCUACAGCAGAAUUAGAAACACUUCUGUUUAACUGCAGAAAAUUCGGUACCUGCUUACGUUAGUAUCCAGACUCAGGUCAGUUGGGUAGAUCGGUGUAUUUCAGGGAGCUGAAACUGGUGCAUUGGAAUAUGAACUUUGUUAGAGCGAUAAUUAACUUGAAAAUUAAAAAAGAAUUUUAAAAAUCCCACUUCCAACUGAAAAAUGGCUGUGGAACUCAAAAGUAGAUGUAAUACCUGAAACUUUUUUUAAUGCACAAUGGGUCCUUGAUCCUGAUUGGACCCUCUGGGUACCAAUAUAGUAUAACUAUUGAAUAACAAUAAUAACAAAAAUAAUGGAACUGCAUGCUGUAUUCCUGCUCUCCCUGGUUACGGCACAAAUAAGAAAUCUGCCGCCUCACAUGAGCCUAUUGGUGCUUCUACUGUUGCAAAUUCAAAGAUGUAAGAAAUGUAACUUUCAAGGCGGGAAGCUUGAAAACAGCAAGGAUAGAAAUGUUUUCAGAUUCUAUUUCCAUUCCAUUUUCAAAUAUAAAUACGGUCUUGCAGCUCUUGAAAAAAACAUUCAGGCUUCACUUAUUCAAGGGUUUUGUUCUAUAUUUAGUAAGAUUCUUACAUUGAUUUAAGGGGUCAAAAUAGUUUGUGUUAACUUAAAAGGCUGAAAGGGAAGAAAAUACAUGCAUGAUCUAUUCAAUUAAGGCAAUAGGCCAUAUGUACCUCUUGGUGCUUAAAGUUUGUACCCAUCUCACUAUUUAGGCAUAUGAGUGGCCAGAUUUUUUUCAGAAAUGUUGAGCCUUUACAGCUCCCAUUAAAAAUCAGGCCACUUUUAUGUAAAUGCCUAUAUAUGGAGAUGGAUGUCUAGCUUCAGGCACCCAAAAAUGAAACUUUUAGCCAGCGUUACUUGAAAAAAAUUUUCACUUACAUUCUAUGAUUAAUUCCAUAAUGCUGAGUUUGGCAAAGCUGUGGCUGAGCACUGUUUAACAUACUACAUAAUGUCAAGGCUACAGCCCGCUAGUGUUCUUUGAGUGUUUUGUGCUGGCAGACAAAUAUAUGAUUGUCAGACUUGUACUAGAAUAUUAAAUAACAUUGAUUUUGUUUGUUUAUAAAUCUCUGAGGGUAGUACAACAUUCUGACUCAGUACAAUAUCAUCAGUGUAUAUAAUAUUGAUAUGUCAGGGACAGGCCAAUUUAUACAUUAGAUCCAAAGCAGCAGUGUAAAAAUCUCUAUAUUGUUUAUAUUUCAUGCAAUCUUAAAACUAUCAAGUAACCAGCAGUCAUGUCAUAUUCUCAUACUCCAAAGGUCCACUGGUUCAUAAACAAUUUAACUGUGUCAGACCUUUCUACCUUCUACUUUUUUCCUUCCACUUCCUUCUACAUUUUUAAACUGAAAAAUAAAAAAUGUUAAUCCCCAUUUUCUGGACUGUCAUGCUCCAGUUCUUGAUAGAUCUACAUAUAAACUAGGAUGCACUAUGAGAGAAGUACCGUUUCACUUUCAACAGCUUUAAGUCCUAAAAUACCUAAUCACCCAGUGGUUUCUAGUUGUUUGUUUUUUAAGCUAUCAAUCUGAAAACUUGCAUGUUUUCUACGUGUUAGCUUUUUAAAAACAUUUAGCCCUUAUUGUGAUCCUAGGGAUAAGUAUCUGCAUCUCCAAAUGAUGAAUAAUGAAUGUGCACUUCUGUUUCUAAAAUUGCUGUACAGUUUUAGUCCUACAAACCUCCUCCAUCUAUGACACAUGUUGAUGAUAUUUACUGAUAUAAUUUAUGUAUAAAAAGGAAAAUAAUAAACCCUAUAUGUAACUGAAAUGCUGAGUCUUUGUACUUCAUUAAUGAAAGGGUAGCUGGACCCACCUAAUUUUUUUUCUGUAUUGCUGAAGCAUAGAUUUCCUCAAAUUUCAGCUAGUUUGUGGCCCAUGAAUUUUGUUGUUCUGCAAAGGGGGGAAGCACCAUCAUUUCCUGGGUGUUCAUUUUUUGUGUCAUUAUGUAACAAGGUGGAAGAGACAAUGCAAAGAUAAGUGGCCAGGUUUCUAAUGAAAAUGCAUAGAAAGUGGAGAUGGGAG